ACGGAGAACGAGUACAAAACCAGAGUUGAUAAGAGUCUCAUUAUCAUUCCGAUAAGGCCUUUCGACGUGGCGGAAUCUCAAGUGUUUGUCUCUUUCUUCUUCUUAACUCUUCCUACUACUACUCAAAAACAAAACCCAGAUUUCUUAGCUCUCCGAUCAUUGGUUGCUCAGAUGCAGCUAUGUCCACCACCAAGAUCUACAUAGUAUAUUACUCGUUGUAUGGGCAUGUGGAGAUUAUGGCACGACAAGUACAGCAAGGAGCUAAUGCGGUUGAGGGUGUUGAAGCUAUUCUUUGGCAGGUGCCCGAGACACUCUCUAGCAGGGUACUCGAAAAGAUGAAGGCUCCUGAUAAAGCAAAUGAUGUGCCGGAGAUCAGGCCAGAACAGCUUCUGGAUGCUGAUGGCUUCAUCUUUGGCUUUCCCUCUCGUUUUGGGGUGAUGGCAGCCCAAUUCAAGGCAUUUUUUGAUGCCACUCAUGAGUUAUGGGCUACCCAAGCACUUGCCGGCAAACCUGCUGGAAUCUUCUGGAGUACCGGUUUCCAUGGGGGAGGGCAGGAGCUUACUGCAUUGACAGCUGUAACACAGUUAGCCCAUCACGGAAUGAUAUUUGUCCCUCUCGGCUACACUUUUGGGAGUGGCAUGUUUGAGAUGAAUGAGGUGAGGGGUGGAUCUUCUUAUGGAGCUGGAACUUAUGCGGGAGAUGGAUCUCGUCAGCCCACAGAGCUCGAACUCCAACAGGCCUUUCAUCAGGGUAAGUACGUAGCUGAAAUAACGAAAAAGCUCAAACACAAGAACCUUCCUGCAUAGUGAACAUGAUGUAUUUCAGAUAUUGUAAAAUAAGACAGUAAACAGCAUAUCCUACUGGAAAUAAGAAAUGGAAACUUCUACAGUAUACUCUAUACACAAAGUUUGUACAUUUACUGCAA